AUGAUGAUAGCGUUACAACUUAUGAUAUUGAACAUAAAAUCAAGAAUCUUCCUUCUUCAAUCAGCCAUCGCACAAGUCUCCGCGGCGCUGCGGGCGUGGGAUCAAGAUGUCACUCACAAAACUAGGACACUUAGCAAUGAACUAAAAAUACUUAAUACUAAGAAUAUUACUAAUAUAGGUACAUCACUUAGCAAACUUAAUGCACUUAGUGGUCCUGAUGGUCUUAACAAGGUGGCAGGUCACUUGGGUGACAUGUUCAUAGAGUUGGGAUGGCUCUCCGACCAAUAUUACACCGUCGAAAACGCUUACAACAACCUAGACCCUAAACUUAAAGAUAAGUUGAAGGACCCCGUGAAUAACAUAAAAGUGCAGGUGCGGGAGUUUGUGGCGGCGGCGCGGAACGAUGAGUUGAAGAAGCUACUCGAGGAGGGGGAGAGGCAGCUGAAAGAGUUGGAACGAAAAGUCAAUAAGGAAGUUGCAGGUAGAGUGCUUGAGCUUGCAAACAAUAUGACAGCUAGGGUGUCCUUAAUUAAAACAAAUCUCGAAGAAAUAAGUAAAUCGCUGACUAAUUACCUAAAUGCAUUGGAAUGUUGGAUUCAAGAGGCAAGGAAGUAUAUUGACAACGUAUUGCAGAAGGACGUCGACAAAGUUUUGAAUGAAGUCAAUGAUCCAAAAGAGAGCGAAACCAAUAAUAAGAAGGGUCUUCAGGAGGCCGCUUACAAGUUGAGGGAGCAGGCAUUUAAAUUGUUUGAUGCUGGAAACGCGGCGAAUGAGGCUGUGAAAAGGGAGGUUACUGCGGCGCUUGGGGAGGUGAAGAUGAUGGACGGAAAGCUAAAGAAUGAUCUUAAUGAUGUGAGAACGGCGCUUCAGACCGGACUUGAUACGUAUGUGAGAAAGUAUGUUGAGGCUGUGCAAAACAGGGUUAAGGAGAUAAAGGGGGAGAAAGGAGGAGCAAAUGGAAAGGGUCUUGAGGGGGUUAAACAGCAAAUAGUGGAUAAGUACGCUGCGUUGUUUAAAGAAGGAACGCAUGGAUUUGAGUUGACGGUAAAGGGGUGGGUGGAGGGUAUAUUGGAUGAAAAUGGGCAAAUUAAGUUUUAUCUUGGGGAUUAUGUUAAGGAUCACGCUAACGAUGGGAAAAUCAGGGAUGACUUCAAGAAAACGGAUGUUAAUGGAAAUUAUACAGGAGACACUGGGCCCAUCGCCGAAGCCAUUAAGGAUGCCUUGAAAGAGGGUAUUAUCAAUGAAGCCGUUGAAGCGAGUAAAGCGAAGAUCACGAUUCAAGACAACAUUCAGCAAAACAUCACCGCUGUCCACACUUGUAUUAUUGAAUUUGCAGCGAGGAUUCAACCUAAUAUAAAGAAAGGAAGGGCUGUUCAUACUUCUAGCGAUCCGUUCAUCUCAAAGAUAGCCAAUGAGAUUGAAAAAGUUGUGACAGGAGGCGGUCAUCAGGACACUACAAAAGGUUUUCUCCCUGAUGCCAUCAAAGGCAUCGCCAGCGCCCUUGUAUGGAGAGCCAAUUUAGCUGCUGAAGAGCUUGAAUCGCUAAGCGGCAUCGAUGGCGAUAGCAACGAGGUGGGCGAGCAUCUGGACGCCGCGCUCAAAGUGGCUACGGAGCUUGAGAAGGGUUUUACAAAGGCACUUAUCAAAUACGGCGAAGGAGAGUACGGUAAUACAAAACCCUACGCCGGCUCAGGCACAAUUGAUCUCAAUGCCAACAUUCACAGGACGAUUGAAAAGGAGCUGAACGAUAAGAUUGGGACGCCUGGAUCUGGUGGAACUGGCGCACCGACAGUCACACUUCCAGCUAAGAGAUUUAGCGGUUACAAACAGCACGUUGAUACAUCUAGCCUUAAGGGAGCAGAUGAUCCUCUCACCGGCGGCAAAGAUGCUGGCGAAGGCUCACUCCCACAGGCGAUCGGAGAUAUUCAGAGGGGAGUGGAGAGUGCUUUGGCAGAAAUCGGAAAAUUCAACGGCGAUGCUCAACAAGGGUUAGAACAUGUCACCGCCAGACUUGAUGCCCUGUGCACUGCAAUUCAAAACGCCGCGGGAGAUGAAGAAGGGCUGAAGAAGAAAUUGGAGGAGUUCAAAACGAAUAGCCUUCUCGGCAAUGAUAAGAAUACUCAACUUAAGAAAAUUCGUGCGAAUCUUUUCACUCUGCAGGACGUGAAUCUGACAAAGGCCAUCAGAGAUGCAACCUCUUUUGAAUCGUUUGCCACAAAACAAUGUCACGAUAUCAUUCGUAAUCUCACUGAGUAUGUGGAACAGCAAGUAAACGAAAAAAUUAGGAAUAUCCAAGAUGCCGCUAAAUAUUUCUACCACGCCAAAAUCUCCCCCCUCUUCACCUCCAUGAAACAACAAGUCUCCUCCAACAUCUCCCUCAUCGAACAGACCAUCCGCCAAGAUCUCAACUCCGGCGUCAAGGGGCUGUUGCGCAAGGUGAUGGAUCAUGGAGUUGAUGGUACGAAUAAUAAGCUCAAGAAAUUGGAUGUCACUACGUCUUCAAUUGACAAAAAGGAGAAAUUUAAGAAGUUGGCAGAGCAUUUCAAGGAGUACUUUGAAAAUGUUUACAAUCACCUGUAUGGAGACUUUUACCCCGACCUUGAAAAAAUUAACAAAAUUAAUAAUGCAUUUAAUGAACUACUUAAGCAUUUGAAAAGAGAGAAUGACAGUCCUUCCAGGCCGUUCACCUUCGACCACCACUUCUCCACGCUCCUCUCCACCCUAAUUUCCUCCCUCGCCUCUCUAGCCCCCUCCCAAUUCGCAAACCCGCGGCACCCGGAGCUGCUGGACGCUGUCAAGGAAGGGCUGCAAGGAUUCACCGGGGAGCUCAAAAAGGCGUACGUUAAUAGGUAUGAUAAAGGAGAGCAGAUUAAUUGGACUGGAAAAAGUGAGAAAGAAAUGGAAAUGUUAGCUAAGAUAUGUGUCACCUUAAUGGAGAUGAUGAAAAAGGAUCUGGAUGAUUUGAGACGAGAAUGUAAUAGUGGUGGUAACUGGAGAGAAUACAAAAUUAAUUUGAAUCAGAGUCUCGGCCGCUGGUUAAGGGACCGUGGAUUCAGGGUGUCCAAGUCCGACAAGGAAGAAGGGGAGUUAAGGAAUAAUGAAAUGUUCAAGGGUAAGAAAAUUCUCCCUCUGCUUUGCGGCUCAAUGACAGAGAAAAAAGUCUUCGUACUUGAUCCAAACGGUGGUAAGGAAUACAGCCCACUUACCAAACUUCGCGAUCUUUUCCGAACGUAUUACGGCGUCCCUCACUACUAUAUUCCUUCGUCACCUAAGUCACCGUCCAACAUCUAUCAAAUGCUUUGCUGGCUUGCUGGCCUCCGGUGGAAUCACAUGUACGAGAAAAUUAAUAAUCAUUUUAAUGAUUUGUUCGACAAGGAUGAUAAGCAGUUAGAUGUAGUCGUACCAAACGAUAGGAAACACCCCACGAAUGGAACUCUCAACUCUGGCCACUUGAGCGAGGCACUCGAGCAAGUUUGUUUAUACUCACGCAAUGUUCUCAUCACCUUCCUCGGCCACGGGCACGCUGACGGUGUAUAUGCCUGUGACUUUUCCAACAACUCCCUAAAUUUAUUAUAUCCCACCAGUGCUAGUGCCUGCUUAGACAUGCUUGUAGACGUAUUGUGUAGAGUCCAUGAGCAACUUUAUUUCCUGCUCAUUCAGUGUAAAAAUGGGCCCACUCUUGGCGGCUGGGCCGACUGCUGGUAUGGUCAGGGAGUAGGCGGAUCAGCGUGGCUGUGCAAUGAUAGGCAAUGCCCUAACCAACAAGGUGACCAAGCGGCUACCCAAACACAUAGGCAACGCUGUGACCAAAACUGCAACCAAAGUGUUAACUGCGGCCUGAAGUCACCGUUGCAGUCCUUUUUGGAAGAUGGGUUGCCGGGCUUCCUCCCUCAUUCAAUUACCUCUCCUGGUUGCAGGCUGACAUGUAGCCUUCGUAAUCAUAAUGGUAUCCCUUGUAAAACGCCGAUGGGCUUUAGCGAUAUUACUGUAACGGCGUCGCAGACGAAGAGAGCCUCGCAUCUCAAGGGGGUCCUCGAAUAUUUCUGCAGUGCAGGUUCAAACCUCAAUAAGUUGUGUUCAUACCUCAAAUGCCUAGGUAGGGUAGCGCCGCAAACGCUUGGCGGUAUGUUUGCAUUCUACUAUCAGUUGCUUCAUAAAUGGAACGACAAUUCUAUUAAGCAGCACAAGAAGGAGGCAUUCGAAAAUGCUGUCAAAGAAGCAUAUUUCGGCCAGGCAUAUGCAUUGAAUCUGACGAUUUUGUUCGACCCCGCUGUAUAUGAUCAACAUGGGAAAUUCAACCAUACCAAAGCAGAUUUGUUCAGUCUUACAGAUUGUAACCCUGCAUCAAAGUCAAAACCUGGGCUACCCUGCGGUCAAUACUUACAUCCUUUCACCAUUGAUAUUUAUGACAUACAUUCUAAAUAUAAUGCUAGCCGAUAUCUUUCCUGGGUAGUGUAUAUAACUGAAACGUUCUAUGACUUGUUGAAAAAAUUGUACGACGAGUGUUGCAAUAAUUGCAAUAAACCAGGCACCAAAUGCCAUGACAGAAGCUGUGUUGAUGGCUGUAAAGUAAAUUCCACUUACGACUCUGAUGAAGCUUCCAUGCGACUCGCAGAUAAGAAGCAUAAUGGAGGCUGCAGGUCCAUCGUCAAAUGCCCGAUUAUGCAUCCAACCCUGUAUAAGUAUGGAUUCACCUUUGGUAGUCCAUAUAAUCUAAGCGGACAAAGUAGAAUUGAGAAGCAACGCACAUGUAGAGAUUUCUGUGAAGCUCUGAAAAAAGUGCUUGACAAGGAAUCUGUUCUCAUCCAGCUUAUCAAAGACAUCGAUGAGUUCAUCUGGAUAAUAAGAGAGAAUUUCUCCUACACCCUUCUCACCCUCUGGUCGCUCUCGCUCCUGUACCUGCUGCACAUCGCCGUCGUCCGCCUCGACGUCCUGAGGAUACGCUCCCACCUGAGGUCACCUUCAAGCCACCGCAUCGCCGCGCAGUCCCUCCUCGCCGCCGCACGCGUCAGGGCACUCGCCAACGUCAAGUACUUCUCACCAUAA